AAAGUUCAAACAUUGGGAUUGUUGCUAGUCAUGAUACCUCCAGUCCACCCACCCCUGCACCGUAAGUCUACUUCUUCAAAUGCUGUGGCUCCAACCCAGCAGAAACCACUAGUAUUUUGCAGUUCCACAAAGAAUUUGGGGGUUUGGAAACGCCAUCUCGUUUUUUUCGAGCCAAAGUAAAAGCUAAGUUGCAGCAGUGAUUUAAUCUCCUGAUUCUUCACCUCAAGGGCAGGUCUCGGAGUCUAAAGUCUCCCAUGCCGAAGUAGAGACCAGAGAUGAGCUCUCUAAUGGCAAAGAUUUAUUUUUUUUCCUUCUUCAGGUUCUUGGCUUGAAGUAACAAAGAGUCUCUCUCUCUCUAGUAGUGGCAUCUAAUGUAUCUUCCCCAUGGCUGCAGAAAUGUCGCAUGCAAGAAAGAGCUGAAUCGCUAAGCAUCCUUGUCCUUGAAAGUUGAAAUGCUUUGUGGUGGGAUCGAAAUCAAAGAAGGAGAUGGUAAAUUCAAUCUGCAAAUCCCUUAGAGCUCCUUGGCUCCUCUCUCCAGCUCACCACCAAUCUUCCCAUUUAGCAUCUUUUCUGAAGGAUUCAAUCCCGAUCUCACAAUCACAAACCUCGUCCACUCCAACUCCAGCUCCACCAGGCAGUAGGAUUAGCCCUGCAGUCCUCUUCAUCAUAGUCAUUCUUGCAGUGGUCUUCUUCAUCUCCGGCCUCCUUCACCUCCUGGUUCGAUAUCUCAUCAAAAAACACCCCUUUUCCACCUCCCCUGACCCUGCUCGACGCCGUUCUGGCGAAUUUCAAGGGCCUGACGCCAUCCAGCGUCAACUCCAGCAGCUGUUUGACCUCCAUGACUCGGGCCUCGACCAGGUUCUCAUCGACGCGCUGCCCGUCUUCCUCUACAAGGAGAUCGUUGGUUCGAAGGAGAUAGUCGGUUCCAAGGAACCGUUCGAUUGUGCUGUUUGCCUUUGCGAAUUUGCCCAAGAAGAAAAGCUUAGGCUUUUGCCCACCUGUAGCCAUGCUUUCCAUAUCAACUGCAUUGAUACAUGGCUUCUUUCCAACUCCACCUGCCCACUGUGCCGGGGGGCGCUCUUUCUCCCCAGUUUCUCGAUUGAAUAUCCAUUGCUCGAUUUUGAGGAUCUAAGGGAAGAGGGCGGGUUCUCGAGGGAUCUAGGGGUAGAAGGCCAUGACACGGUCUUGGAAAAGAGGGUGUUCUCAGUUCGGCUUGGCAAGUUCAAGAAUUUGUGCGCUAAUGCAAAUGGAGCAGCAAAGGAUGAGGACAGUGGAGCUCCUUCUGGUGCUGUGAGAAUGGAGGAAGGAGAGACAAGUAGUAACAAUUUAGAUGCAAGGAGAUGCUUCUCCAUGGGCUACUAUCAGUAUGUGGUUGCUGAUUCCGAUCUCGAAGUAACACUUGAUAGUACUAGAAUCAAGAAUGGUGAUCUGAGGGUGGUCAGGGGAAGAGCAGCGAACGAACAGCAUUCUACAAGCACUGAUGCAACGGAGGGAAAGAGAUUGCGUAUUGGAAGCCAAGGUGAGAGUUUCUCAGUGUCCAAGAUCUGGCAGUGGUCAAAGAAGAAUGGAAAAUUCCCAGUGUCUUCAGGAAACACUUCUCCUAACGGUGACUUGGCAUGGGUUAGCAGAAAUGCUGCAGAACAAUGAAUGCUAGAUGAUUGUAAUGCCAUCAAUGUUACUCUUCUUUUAUGAUUGCUAAUUCAAUUUUAGAAAAUAUAAAAUCUCCAAUGGUUUAAAUCAUUCUGAAAUUACUAGUGUUUCAUCUCAUUUAUUUCUUCCUUA